CGCAGUGGGGUGUCUGUGCUGGGAGGAAAACGUGUGAACGCGCUGCAGCUCUCGUGUUUCUGGACUUUGAGUCGUAAUAAUUCAAAUAAAUGCUGCAAGUAACCCAACAGAUUACAUAUUUCAAAACACAGAACACACCGGAAGUCAGUCUUCGAGUGGUGUUGGGAUAAACUGAAGGAAACCAUGAAGAAGACACGUGACAAGAGAUUUUCUGUCCUCAGUGGAGAGGCGGCGCCAGGACAGCAGUCGGCUGAUUAUGUGGUCGGUCAGGUGUCAGGAAGUUUGUUCCAGAAUAACCCAGAACCCUCUUCGGCUUCUGGAUCGUCGCUGUCGGCUUUAUUCAGCACCGCUGCACCAGCUGCAUCUCUUCUGUUUCAGCCUGCACCCAAGCCUGUUCGGAAGAGCACAGAGACAAAGGAGGAGCAGAAGGAAACUCCAGAGGUCAAAGGUCAACCCAGCCAGAAGAAGAGGAAGAAGCCACUUAAAGACAAAUCAGAAGCCGACCAGAAGCUGGAAAACAGGGAGAUGAGUUUACAGAUUGCAGACGAGGAUGAACAAGAGCGGGACGCACCCGGGAAGAAGAAGAAGAAGGGGAAAGGGUCGGAGCUGGGUGGAGAGAAUGACGUGGAGCAGUGGGUGUUGAAGAGACAGAAGCUGAGAGCCAAAAAGGUGGAGGAAGUGAUAAAGAGCAAGAGGACGGUGUUCGUAGGCAACCUGCCUAUCGGCUGCACCAAGAAGACCCUUCAGAGCAUUUUCAAGGAUAAAGGAUCCAUCGAGUCCAUCCGGUUUCGCUCUGUGGCCCGAGAGGAUCCUUCCAUGUCCCGCAAAGUCGCAGUUAUUCAACGCAAAGUUCAUCCCAAAAAGCAAAGCAUAAAUGCUUAUGUGGUGUUUAAAGACGAGGACGGAGUUGUUAAGGCGUUAGAGAGGAACGGCAUGGAGAUCGAGAAGGACUUUUACAUACGAGUGGACAGAGUGACCGACAACUCAUCACAUGAUCACAAACGCUCUGUAUUUGUGGGGAAUCUUCCGUUUGAGAUCAACGAACUGACUUUUCGGCGUCAUUUUGAGGAGUGUGGUACAGUUGAGGCUGUACGACUGGUACGAGACCAAAACUCUGGACUGGGGAAAGGAUUCGGUUACGUCCUGUUUGAGAGUGCAGACUCUGUGCAGCUGGCGUUGAAACUGGAAGGCACUAAACUGGAGGGCAGGUCCAUCCGGGUGAAGAGGUCAGUGACGAAGGAGAAGCAGAAUAAAACCAAAGGUAAAGGAAGCACAGAGAGGCCUGGCAGGAGCCCAGCUAAAGGUCCCGCUAAAGGCCCUAUCAAGGGAUCUAUCAAAGGCCCAGGGCGAGAGAGAGGAGGCAUUCGGGGAGGUUUCAAGUCUCAAAAGAAAUUCUCUGGAAACCAGCAGUGGUCAACCAAAAGUACCGGUUCCUUCAAAGGAGAGAUGGCAGAUCCGAACAAAAAGACUAAAAAGAAAGGACUGAAGAAGAAAGUGAAGCCUAGAAAGAAGACUGUUCACAUCUGAGCAUCGUUUUACAGAAAUAUAAAUACGUCUGAACUCUUUCUGAACCCAACAGUGAUUCGGCUUUUGCUGCUCUAAUCACACAUUGUCAAAAAGAACAGAGGAUUGUUGAUUGAAGGACAGGCUUGUUUCCUUCAGUCCAUGUUCCACAUUUUAAAGGAGCUUCUGAGUUUUACUCAGGAAACCUGAUUCUGAGCAACAAAGCUGCUGCAAUCCAGACAGCUCUGACAGUCAGUUCAUCCAAUCACAUCCUGUCUGUAAAACCAAUACAGCUAUUGAACGAAACUUUGUCACACACCAUUUGUAUGUUUUUACCAUUUAGCUGUAUUGGAUUAUAUUGUUUGAUGUUCCUGUUAUUGUAUUAAAAUACUUACUUUCUCUUAAGUUUCUGGACUCUGUUAAUCGUUGAGCUUAAGAAGAGCUGUUUCCCCACCCUUCCAGGCUUUUGCUAAGCUAGUUUAGCUAGUAUAACCCAAGUGUCAUUGAUCUUUUAACAAAAUAAAUGUCCCAAUACUGU